ACUCACUUAGUCUUCGUCAGGGUCCGGUAGCGGGCGGUUAUCGAGUUGGUUCUGGGAAUGUUGUUUGACAAGCAAAUAUAGAAGCCAAGUUUCACGAGGUUUACGUCACUUCUCUGAGGAAUACCCGACCAACGAGGGAAUCUGUAUCAUCUUGGCAGGAAAUUUAUCAACAAAUAAUAUCAAAAGGUACAUGAUGGCUCUGAUGAGUGGUCACACGAUGGAGAAACUUCAGGGGGAGGAGCUGGAGCGGCAGCAGCGUGACUUUAAAGGUUACGAUAAAGGUUUGGUUCGUCUCAACCCCGGCAGGUGGCUCUUUCCGGUCGACUACACAAAGUUUGCUGACAACUUGUACAAGUUUAAGUUCCGUACGAGUGACGUGGUGGUGAUGACGUGGCCCAAGGCUGGCACGACGUGGACGCAGGAGAUCGUCUGGACAAUGAGGAACAACCCGAACCUUGAUCAUCCUCUGGCCAAGAUGGGGGUCAAUGACCGCUCACCCUUCAUGGAAUUUGAUAUGCUACUGGGGAGUAAAAAACUUACUCCCCUGGAAGAUAACGCCUCCUUCAUGGACACCUUCAGGAAACAGUGUCCAGGUAAAGACCCCAAAGACGGCUUAACACUGCAGAUGUCGGAGGCGGCCCCUGACCCUCGUACCAUCAAGACUCAUCUCCCCUUUUCCCUCCACACACCAGAUCUCCUCGACACUGCUAAGGUGGUCUACGUGGCGAGGAGCCCCAAGGACGUUGUCGUUUCCUACUACCAUCACUCACGACUCAUCCUUUGCCACGACUUCAAUGGCUCCCUCGACCAAUUCACUCAGUACUUCUUUGACGACGACUUGGUGUUUGGGCCGUAUUGGCUACACAUGAAAGAGGCCUGGGAGAAGCGUGACCACCCUAACAUGCACUUCAUCUUUUAUGAGGACGUCAAAACCAACAACAUGGUCGAACUUCAGAAACUCAACAAAUUUUUGAACACGAACCUGACGGAGGAGCAAUUGUCAGGGGGGAGGUCGGGGACGGGAAGCAGCGCCUCAGCCCGGAGCAGCAGGCCAAGAUUGACCAAUGGACUCACCAGCACACCAAAGACUUCGGUGCCUCUUUCAGAUACACGUGCUGAAGGGAAGCUGCAGCUCGCUCGACUGGGAGACAUCAGGGUAUAUGUUAUAAUCCUGACUAGAUUUUGUUGUCGUUAUCAGUUUCAACAUCAUCCUGAACCCGGCCAAAAAAAUGUGCAAGACCAUUUGAAUCAUUUACAGCUUCCUUGUUUCCUUCAACAACUUCUGAUCCUUGGCUUCAGUUUUGUUUCUAGGGACUUUGUUAGUCAGUGUGAGUCCGACUUGAACAACGCUCACGUGUUCAAUGGGAAGUAUAGGAUGGCUCUGAUGAGUGGUCAAGUGGUGGAAACACUGCAGGGGGAGGAGCUGGAGCGGCAGCAGCGUGACUUUGAAGGUUACGAUAAAGGUUUGGUUCGUCUCAACCCCGGCAGGUGGCUCUUUCCGGUCGACUACACAAAGUUUGCUGACAACUUGUACAAGUUUAAGUUUCGUACGAGUGACGUGGUGGUGAUGACGUGGCCCAAGGCUGGCACGACGUGGAUGCAGGAGAUCAUCUGGACAAUGAGGAACAACCCGAAUCUUGAUCAUCCUCUGGCCAAGAUGGGGGUCAACGCCCGCGCGCCCUUUCUGGAUUGUGACAUGCUGAUGGAGAAUAAGAAGCUUUCUUCCAUAAAUGACAGCUUCUUUCUAGAAGCCUUCAAUAAACAGUGUCCAGGUAAAGACCCCAAAGACGGCUUACUACUGCAGAUGUCGGAGGCGACCCCUGACCCUCGUACCAUCAAGACUCAUCUCCCCUUUUCCCUCCUCACACCAGAUCUCCUCGACACUGCUAAGGUGGUCUACGUGGCGAGGAGCCCCAAGGACGUUGUCGUCUCCUACUACCAUCACUCACGACUCAUCCUAUGCCACGACUUCAAUGGCUCCCUCGACCAGUUCACUCAGUACUUCGUUGACGACGACUUGCUGUAUGGGCCUUAUUGGCUACACAUGAAAGAGGCCUGGGAGAAGCGUGACCACCCUAACAUGCACUUCGUCUUUUAUGAGGACGUCAAAACCAACAACAUGGUCGAACUUCAGAAACUCAACAAAUUUUUGAACACGAACCUGACGGAGGAGCAAUUGUCAGAGGUGGCCAAAUACACCAGUUUCAGCGUAAUGAAGGCCCGGGCGGAGGAGGAUGACAAACCAGAACUUGACCCAUUCUUCAACCAGGACGUUGUUAAGGCUGAUGGCGGACACUUCAGGAAAGGGGAGGUCGGGGACGGAAAGAAGCGUCUCAGCCCGGAGCAGCAGGCCAAGAUUGACCAGUGGACUCACCAGCACACCAAAGACUUCGGGGCCUCCUUCAGAUACUCGUGCUGAAGGGAAGCUGCAGAUCACUGGCCGGGGUGACAUUAUGGGAUAUGUUACAAACCUGACUAAAGAUUCCUAAAAUACCCUGCGUGUUUCAAUCAAUCAUAAGGGAAGGUCUCUGGUUAGGGUUAUUGUCCGAAUGCAAUUUUGUGAACUACCGUAACUGUACAUGAUUAAAUGAAAAAAAUUACAUAAAUAUAUUCAGUGACAUAAAUCAAUUGAUAAGUAAAUACUUAAACAAAGUGA